GAUUCAGACGCGCGUGCCACCCCGCAGAAACUGACGUUCCUCCGGGGCUCUCUUGCGGGAUAUCUUACUGCCGCUCGCCGAUCCGAUCCUCGGCCCCGCGAGGGCACAGUGCGAAUUCUUCAAAUCGCUGGAAAUCCCAUAUAGGGAUAGCUUCAUUCAGUUAUGACCGGACAGAAAAUUGUAUUUCUGUGAAGUUAUUAAUACCGGGAGUUAUUUACUUAUUUUUUUUCGAAUCACAUGACAACGUCGAGUGAAGAACGAAUUUCGAUCGGUUGAAUAAAAAGAAGAAAGAGAAUAAGAGAAAAGUGAAUUGCGAAAGAUAAUCGGAAAGAUAAUUAAAACUCUCGGAAACAGUUGGGAAUUUUGGUUUGUAAAACUGUGGAACUUCGCGUUCUUAGAAAACGGGGACAAUUUCAAGUUUUCUGGUUACGGAUAUGCCUUGGAUGCGUCGAGAUCUCAGAACCGCUGAUCGAACGUUUCCUACAAGUUUAAAUCUGACGGUACUUAGACGCGAGAAAGUCCUGAAUCUUUGUUAAAAAAAAAAAAGAUGUUUUGUGUCUGAGAACUUGCGAUUCGUUUGUUCACCCUGGAAACAAAUAUUUCGAUGAACUCUACCGAGAUUCUUCAGUCGAAAAAAAAAAUCUGUCAAAUUUAGCCUUGUUUACGUGGAUAAAAUUCCACCCUUAAGGAGAAAGAGAGAGAGACUCUCUCUAGAUCAUCCUGCUCUACUUGGCGGAAAUAUUCGGGAGUUCUUUCGUAUGAACCGUCGACUCUACAGAUUAUAAACUCGUUAAAUGUCCGCGAAGAAGACCGCGAGAAGGCCGUCAUCGCCGCGACGUUUCUUCGCGCGGCUCUACGGCCAUUUGGAGGCGACGAAGAAAACGGAGGAUGACGAGGAUGAGGACCACGCGAGGGAGAGUCUGGAUUCUUCGCCAGAGAUCACGGAGAAAGCAUCACACGCGCUUCCCGAUUCGCCCGAAUCACACAAAAUGUUGCCUGUGCCACACUCCAAGGACCUCGAAAAAGUGCCAAAUGACGUCGCGAGUAGUAAAAUAUUCGAGAGCAAGGAAACGAAGAAGGAUUCCAUGCUCACAGGUGUAAGACUGCCUUUCCUGCAUGGUUUCCUGCCGCGCGGGCCCGGCCAAACCUUUCAUCUGACGCAGCUCGCGCAUCCGCCCACGCUGCCGCCGCAUCUUCACGUUCUGCCGAACCAUCAGUCCAUGGCCGAGCACCACUUCCAAGGAUUCUCAGCCUUCCUGGCGCGCAGAAGAAGAAAAGAGGGCCGGCCGCGAAGACAAAGGACGACAUUUAGUGGCGAGCAGACACUGAGGCUGGAAGUCGAGUAUCGGCGGGGAGAGUACAUCUCGAGGGGACGCAGAUUCGAGCUCGCAACUUCCUUGAGACUUACCGAGACGCAAAUCAAAAUCUGGUUCCAGAACAGGCGCGCCAAGGACAAAAGAAUCGAAAAGGCGCAAUUAGACCAGCAAUAUCGAAACUUCGCAGUAUCGAACGGCCUGGUGAAUCUGCCGCUUUACAACGCGACAGGAUUCUGCGGCCUCUGCCUGUACAAAGACACCUAUGGGUCGGCGACCAACCACUCCUGCGCCUCCGGCAACCCCGUCGUCGCCGACUCGUCCUUGAAGGAUCAGCCGCGUUACAGCAGCAGUGGCAGCGAGACGUCCGAUAAUCCGCCGAAUCUCGUGUCCACGACUUAAUUGAAUCCAACGCGCCGCGCGCAAUCACUACGUCCUCAUUUAAAACACAUCUGACAAUAAGUUUAUUUAUUUUUUUUCUACGUAAUUACGCGACAUGGAGGCAGUUUCAGCAAUCAGUUUUCGGCGUGCAGAUGAAACGAAAAAGUAAGUUUAAGAAAAUUUUUUUCUCACAUUAUUAUAUCAGAAAUAAUUAUUA